CAUAGUCACUCUUCGUUUUUUGGAUAGACAUGAAAUAUCAAAUCAUGAGGGUUAUACUUCUAGUUACUGCUAUCGCAGCUCAGGCUCUAGCCACCAAGGUGCACCUCUUCCAGGGCGCUGGAUGCACAGAGAAGCUCGAGUUGAGCCAAAGUGUAUUGAACGACGCAAAGACGUGUUCUAAGAUCUCUAACCCCACGCUUACAGUCACGGAGUGGGCCAAUAACGAAUACAACUACAUCAAGCUGUCCGAUCGUUCAGAUGAAAUAAUUCUGUUCAUUGACGAAGCUGCAUGUGAAGCAUACACAGCCGACAGCACUGUACCUGUACCAUUCAUCCGUGCCACCACUAUGGACGAGUGCACGCCAUGCUACAAAUGUGGUAACAUACAGUCUGUACAGUUUGAUACAACCACUGAAUCGAAGAUGUCAGCCGCUGGUGCCACCGCGCCUUCGGUACUCGUUGCUGUUGCAGCGGCCGCCAUCACCGCCCUGUUUGCCUAAAUAAUUGUAAUUUAAGAGGGUCGACCUUCGCAUCAAGCGUAUUUGUAUCUCCGUGAGCUCACAGAUACGUCCCCGCGCCGCUUUAAGAUUGUCUUCCAGUGUAUACGUUUCUGGAAGCCGUCUUUAUGUACAUAGCAAAUGUCGUCGUCUUCUUCAAUUAUCGGGCGUGCGGAUUCUCUUUAUAAAUCAAUAUCGGAUGUCGGGGAUUUUUGGCCAUUUCCGGGUAUGAUGAAGGCGCUUGCCGCAUCGGUCAGCCUGGACGCUUAAAAUAUUUUCUUCAACGAUGAUAUUUGUUAUCAAAUUGUCUGGAUUAAGCACUUUUCUCUGUGCUAGAGUAGCCGAGAGUGGUCCAAAGACUGGACUGCUUUUCGUAGACUUAAAAAGAGACUCAACACUAUUUCUAUCAAGUUACAUCAAUUAUUAGGAUAUACCAUGGAUUCACAGCCUGUCUUCCUGAUUUCAUCCCUAUUGGAUUCAAUAAACUUGUUUCAACCUAACAUGCGACAACUAUUCUUUUGUGUCGACAUCAUCUGUGGAGCAUGUCGACCUUGUGUGCACAGCUGCGACUACCUAUUUUGGGUUCAACUUGAAGUGAAUAUUCUGUGUUGUAGUACGAUAGAGGUUCUUUUUAGAGCUCUGUUGCUUCACGUUGCACAGCUUGUUUGUGUCCAGUAUACUGCAAGUCCGACAAGAUCCCCUGCAUUUGAUUCGUCAUACAGGUUGAUACCGACUUUGAACACUCAUGGCAGAAAUACGAAAGUUAAUAAAAAGUGCUAAGAAAAGAC